CGUACGCCGGUCCGGCGAGACGCUCCCUCCCUCCUCCUCCUCCUCCUCCUCCCUACAAUAAAUACUGAUAAAUAGCCUCUCAAAAAAAAAAAGGGAGAGAGAAAGAUAGCCUGCCGCAUCACUCACCGCCACCGACAUCGCCUCGUAACCCCAAGCCCACGCCGGAGAGCCACCCACGCGACGCGGCUCCACCGGAGGAGGUACCAUGUCGUCCUCUUCGUCUUCGUCGCCGUCCCGCCUGGAUCUGGACGGCAAUCCCGUCGCGCCUCUCACCAUCUGCAUGAUCGGCGCUGGCGGCUUCAUCGGCUCCCACCUCUGCGAGAAGCUCAUGGCCGAGACGCACCACGUCGUCCUCGCCGUCGACGUCUACUGCGACAAGAUCCGCCACCUCGUCGACCCCGCGCCGCCGCACCUCGCCGGACGCAUCUCAUUCCACCGCCUCAACAUCAAGAAUGACUCCAGGCUCGAGGGGCUCAUCAAGAUGGCGGAUCUGACGAUAAACUUGGCGGCGAUCUGCACGCCGGCGGACUACAACACGCGGCCUCUCGACACCAUCUACAGCAACUUCAUCGACGCCCUCCCAGUGGUGAAGUACUGCUCGGAGAACAACAAGCGCCUGAUCCACUUCUCCACGUGCGAGGUCUACGGCAAGACCAUCGGCAGCUUCCUCCCCAAAGACCACCCUCUCCGCAAGGAACCUGAAUUUUACGUUCUGAAAGAAGAUGAGUCACCCUGCAUUUUUGGUCCAAUUGUGAAACAGCGAUGGUCCUAUGCAUGCGCAAAGCAACUUAUUGAGAGGCUUAUUUUUGCUGAAGGUGCAGAAAAUGGCCUUGAGUUCACAAUUGUUAGACCUUUCAAUUGGAUUGGACCAAGAAUGGACUUUAUUCCUGGUGUCGAUGGUCCUAGUGAGGGUGUACCUCGGGUUUUGGCUUGCUUCAGUAACAAUCUGCUCCGCCGAGAGCCCUUGAAGCUUGUUGAUGGAGGCCAGUCUCAGAGAACAUUUGUUUACAUUAAGGAUGCCAUCGAAGCUGUUCAUUUGAUGAUUGAAAACCCUGCUCGAGCCAAUGGUCACAUCUUCAAUGUUGGGAAUCCAAACAAUGAAGUUACUGUUAGGGAAUUGGCCCAAAUGAUGACAGAGGUCUAUGCAAAUGUCUCAGGAGAGCCACCAUUGGCUGAACCCAUGAUUGACGUGAGCUCGAAUCAGUUCUAUGGUGAAGGAUACGAUGAUAGUGAUAAGAGAAUCCCUGACAUGACUAUAAUCAACAGACAGCUAGGUUGGAACCCAAAGACCCCUCUUAAGGAUUUGCUGGAGACAACGUUGACAUAUCAGCACAAGACAUACAAAGAAGCUAUCAAAAGGCAAAUGUCACAGGCUUCAGCGUUGAGUUAGAUAACAUGUUCCAUAUUCAAAGGUGGUGACGACGCUGGUUCAGAGUGCAGUCACAGCUGUUAUAAUCUUUUGGAAGUCGAGUAAUACAUAUACGCUACUAAUCAUUUUGAGGCUCUAGUUACUCCCUAGAUCUCGAUCUUGUUAGAUUCCAUUCUGUGAAACCCUGCAAGGGAUUAUCCAUAUCUGUGGCAGAGUUGAUGUAUUCCAUUGUACUUUGGUUGCUCCUCCUGUGUCAUUCUUCGGAAUUGUCUCAUUGGUGAGAGCUGUUGUUCAGUGUAGAUGAUUGCGCAAUGAAAUUACAUAUUGGAAGUUAUAUUGAUUGUGAGCUCAAUCUGGGUGAGUUUGGUUUGUAAAUUUAA